UUGGUUCCGCCUGUGUCGUCACAUAUAUUCAGCUUCCUGUUUCGGACAUGAUAGCCAGAUGAAGUUGGCCAGUGUAACUGGCAGUCAGCAUAAGCAGGAUGUACGGCUCUCGCGGAUGGUGCCUCAUCGCCAUGGUCUGUGUCGUUAGCGGCAUAGAAGAUGUGAUGGUAUUUGUGACAGACAAGUCCAAAGAAGUAGCUGGUCAAAUUCACCGUAUCAACGUGACGUCAUCAGCCGUCUCUACACUUCCAUUGUUUAAAGUUAUUAGGCCUGUCGCUAUUGGGUAUGACAGCUUGACGGAAAAUAUCUACUGGAGUGACGUCAUGUCUAAAGAAAUCCGGUCAGCCAAAUUUGAUGGCUCCAAAGAGGCAACACUGUUGGAUCUCGAUACAAAUGCUGUCCCAGAUGGUUUAACCAUGGAUACAUCAAAUCGCAGACUUUUCUACACUGAUGCUGGAAACCGCAUCAUUUGGGGUGUCGACUUAGAUGGUCGCCACGCAAGUGAAGAAAUAAUUAACAAGGGCCUUGAAAAUCCUAGAGCUAUAAUUGCAUACCCCUCAAAGAGACUCCUGAUAUGGACCGACUGGGCGGUUUGGGCUAAGAUAGAACGGUGCAAUUAUGAUGGCAACGAUCGCAAGACACUUGUUAACACCGACAUCGAAUGGCCAAAUGGGAUCACUCUUGAUGAAAAAAGCGACACAGUGUACUGGUGUGAUGCGGAGAAACACCGUAUCGAUUCAGUCAAACUUGAUGGUACAAACAGGAAGCAGAUCCUUGAUGAACCAGGCACUCAUUACUUUGGUCUGUUCUUCUUUGAGGAAACACUGUACUUAACGGACUGGAAGACUAAUGCUGUACGAGCAAUAUAUCUCAAUGGAACUGAGAAGAUGAGGAUUUCUGCCGGAGGCUUCAAGCAACUCACUGGCAUUUAUGUCACCAAAUUGUCGCGGUGCUCCCCACACACAUAUGGAGAAAACUGUGACACUCAGUGUGGCGAGUGUGUGGAUGGUGUCGCGUGUACCAGGACGACAGGGUUGUGUACUGAGGGCUGCAAACAAGGCUAUUACCACGGAAGUACAGAUGAGGCUCCGGUGUACAACUUCUCCAUGUGUAACAAGCAAUGUGGUCAUUGCCAGACCGGCUCCUGUCAUUACCUGUCUGGAGAGUGUCCUUACGGCUGCGAGAAAGGAUGGAGUGGUCAGAAAUGCGAUACAGAAACUAUGGUAACACAGGAAACCAGUACAUCGACGUCCUAUAUAUCAGCGACUACUCCGCUCCGCUCAAGUCAAGUCGACAAUGUAACCACUACGUGUGGUAAGGUGGGUUACUAUGGCGACGGAUGCAAGUACAGGUGUGGUGCGUGUGCUGACAAUGCUACCUGCCACGGCCAAACUGGGGACUGUCCACAACACUGUGCUUGCGGAUGGGAGGGCAGCAAAUGUAACGAGAGACGAAAAGACCUCCAACGAAAUUGCCGUCAAGUGAUGAAAGCCGUGGCUAGCAAAGUUACUUCAAAGGCCACAGAAAAGAUUGGUGAUGCAAUGGCAGGGAUGAUUGCUGUAACAGUGGCAUUGUUGAUUGUGAUUAUAGUAUUGAUUGCAUAUAUCAUGAGGUCUCGACAACUUAAAGAAAGGCAAUACGACAAUCUGCAGUUCAACAAUUCAAGUGGUACCGCAAGCAUCGCCGAAGAAAACCCUGUGUACUCUUUAGUCAGUGAGGCACCAUGUGGACCAGAACAGGAGACAAACACCAAUUCGCAGCUUAAUUCCCAGCCCGAUGUUCUCCCAGGAAGCGACAAACGCUGUUACGCAGACAGCGAUGAUGAGGAAGAUGAGGAAGAUGAGGCUCCAGACAAAUCAAGCGACCCUGCAUACGCAUCACUGCAGUUCGGGAUCGGGAACGAAUGAAAGAAGACUUCAAAUUGAAAAUUUCGCGCUCGCUGUUUUCUGAAUUGUGAUCUCGUGUCGUAGUGCUUUGAGAUUGAGUUGGGUUUAACGCUGCUAGUAACACUAUUCCAGUUAUAUCACGGCGUGUCAGCUUAACGUGGGAGGAAAACCCGAGGUGAUGCAGGUCUAAGACGUUUACCACUUUGGUGAAAACCACGAAUACGGGUCUGGUGCUUGCAAAUCAAAAAACCAAGAUUCUAACCCACAAUUGUAGGUUUUCGGCGUGUCCAAAAUGCUGCGCCUCAAACUACUGGGUCAUCGUGCCUCAUAAGCCUUCUGUAGUGAAUUGAAUUCUAGUGUACAGUGACUUGUGAAUUUCACAUAAAAUUUUAAGGGAUAUAGCGCCAUAUAGUUCUUUAAAAACUUGAAAAUGUCAUAAAUGUAAACAAUUUGUAUAAACUUUGACUUUGACUUUUUACACAGAAUAUCUGAAGAUAAUUAGUGUCCUCAUUUAUUUUUCAUCUUAAUUGGGAUAAAGAUUUAAUUAAUAAUGUACAUCUUUGUAUACAUCUGACCAACUGUUUUUUUGUCACAUUAUAUUAUUUACAUAAGUUAAAACCAUUGUUUUAUAUGUACAAGAAUAUUCGGACCCGUGCAAAUCCGGGUUAGAAUUGUUCUUCAGCAACCCAGGCUUGUCCUGUAAGGCGACAGACGGGAUAGGGUGAUCAGGUUCGCUGACUUGGUUGAUACAUGUCAUCGUUUCUCGUUUGUGUAGAACGAUGCUCAUGAUGUCAAUCACUGGAUUAUCUGGUACAGAUUCAAUUACUUACAGACCGCCGUCAUAUAACUGGAUCACUGCAGAUAGCGGUGUCAAACAACAAAAAAGCAAAUCGGAAAUGUUUAAUAGAAAGUAGUUUUCUACUAUUUAUUUGCAAUUUGUAAUGCCAAUCCAAAUUUAAGAAAAUAGUACAGAAUAUAAUUCUAUUCUCUGUGGAUAUGUAACGCAUGUUCAGUUCGUAGUUAUUUGUUCAUAUUUAAAUUGUUGGGUUUUGAAUACGUUCAGACCUCCGAACUAAAUUCUUCGAAAUAAUCCACUCAACGUUAUAACUGAAUUCGCCUAUACAGUAGUUUCUCAAGCUUCCAUGUCUUAUAUCUUAUAUCCGACAUUUGAAGUUACGUUUGAGAAAUGUUAUACUCUGUUUACUUUACGAACCCACAAAAAGACACAGCUGCUGUUGAUAAUAUAUCAUUGCCAGUAAUAAGAAAUAAUACGUCGUGCCCUGAUAACACUUCAGUAGGAAUUUGUGACAGCAUAUCCAAGGUUCCAUUAUCUAAACUAUGCAUGGCAUGUUUUCUCACCAAGUGCCAUGUUGCAGAGUUCAUGUAGAAAUAUGGCUACGCUAAUUAAUACAUUUUUCGGUAUGCAUAUUUGAGGUAUGCAUAUAUUUAUCUAUGUGAUUCAGUAUUACAAAGUAACUGUGAUGCCAAUUGUAUCAUGUACAUAGUCACGAUUGUAUAUUAAUCAAAAGCCCUUCACUUUUGGAAUAAACUAGGAAUUGCCUACCAGGACAUUAUAUUUUAUGUUCCUUUUGCAAAAUAUGCACCCCUACCGUUAUAAUUGACAUUUAGUAUUAACUCUUCUAUAUUAAUGAAAAUGUAGUUUUACGCAAAUGCGUUUUUCUAUUUUUCUAUGGCAGUGCUCGACUCUGCUUUAUGCAUAGAUUUCUAUUGGCUAUGGAAAGGGCUUUGUCGCUUUGUUAUUAGCAGUUUUACACAAAUGUAUUGAUUCGAUGUUGAUUGCCUUUAAUAAUACUCUCAUAUAUCUUCCAGUGAUUAAUAGUCAGUGACUGAGUAUGGUUUUACGCCGCUUUUAGAAAUAUUCCAGCAAUAUAACGGCGGGGGACACUAAAAUGGGCUUCACACAUUGUACCCAUGUCGGGAAUCGAACCCGGGUCUUGUGACGAGCGAACGCUUUAAACACUAGGCUACCCGACCGCCCCUAGCUAACCCUAAUAUGCUUAUGAAAAUAAUCCAAUGUCUGUUACAAUACAUUGUUAAAUUUAAACUGUUUUUGCUACUUUUGUAGCAACAUGUAUUACGUAUAUUUGUGCCAACAUAGCUAUGCAUUUUGUACUACUCACGUUUGUCUUUUUCAUAUUGAUGUGCAAUUUUAGACCAAUGACCCCCAAAUAAUGCAAGUAGCUUCGAGGAGCACAACAUCAUGUAAAUAUAAUACCUCACUCAAACCAAAGCAUCUGCUUCGUUACAACGUUGUUUUUAUGGAGGAUGCUCUUGAAACAAUUUCCCUGCCUAGUCAUUCUGCUGAUUGCCCUGUGAAUGAAUCAUGUAAUGCAAGUUAGUAUUAUCUGGUAUUCAGCAAUAUAAUUCAGUGUCGAUCAUAAGAUUAAUGUCCCUCACGACUUAUUAUAGGACAUUUGUUAUUGUUGUUUUUAUUUAUGCUACAGACAUGUUUGAACAUUAUCAUAAUCUUAGGAUUUAAUCUACUUGUAUAGAAAUUCUUUAGUGUGUCAUAUAGAUGGUCCACACUAUCGUAUUCUCAGAAAAGCUGAGAUUAAAUUUGAAUCAGGAUGUCUUUCAAAUGUUAUUAAAUUAUGAUGUUUACUUACAUGUGUAUUACAACACUCAAUAUUGAUUUUAUGUGUUUACAAAAGUGCAAUGUAAAUAAUCUGGGGAGCAAACUAAAAUAAACCUACUUCUCCAUGGUAAAAUAUAAUUUGAUCUAAAACUUAAAAAAAAUAGAAAAAACAUUUUGCAUAGUACACAAAUGCUGAUGGGUAUCUUUUACAUUUUAUCCUUCGAAAUCACUACAUUUGUCUUUUUCGGCACAAAUUUACAACAUUUCAAACAUGGCAGGAGUCAUGUGAUUUCAAAUUCAUUUCUUACCGUAGUGGAACAGUUAGAACAAUUUCUUUACACACAAUUACCCAGCCACAGAAUAUUUAUUUACAAACUAUUGCAGGAAUGAGUAAUGGUUAAAUGGACGUACUCAAAUUUAAUUAAUUAUUUUUUUUGUUUCAAUUUUCAAUUUAAUAAAAAACAACCUCGUAUAACUUUCUUUUGCCCCUCAGUUUAUAUAACGUCAACGCCAAGAAUACCCUGUCUUGAUUAUCCACUAAAAACUUAUACCGGUGGAUGUAAAGGGAAAAAUAGAGGUGAAAAUGACAUGAAUGGAUCACUAAAAAUCAGUGAUGACACCGUUCUCUUGUGUACGGUGGCCCAUAAGGGACAUGGAGUCUGUUUGUAUGACAAAUUGUGCUAAUUUGCAAAAAGUUAUGAUAAAAGUAAGUGAAAUAUCAAAAUAUUGAAAAGCAGACUCCAUGUCCCUGAUGGGCCACCGUACUUGUGGUUUAAUAUGUACAUAAUGCGUCAAAAACACAAUGACGGAACUUUCAAUGAAAAACCAAUACUUCUCUGUACGUUACAUUUUCGGUAAUAAAUAUUUUUGUAUUGUU